AUUAGUUUAUAUUAUUAUAUUGUGUAGGAAUCCUUUUUAGUAUUCCUUUUUCAUUUUAUAUAAUAAUUUCUAACCCCAACUAAAGUCAUAUUCCUAAUUUUAGGAAUACCAGUGUUGUUACUUCAUUUUAAGUUAUAAACAAAUAGUAUAAGUUAAACUUAUAUAUAACCUGAUAGAUUUAACAAAAAUUUUAAAAUGUCGACAAAAGUGAAACAAGAUCCAACACCGAUGGAACUUGACAACAAGGAUAAUCCGGCCGGCCCGUUGUCAAUCUUGGAGGAAUGUGUCAGAGAAAACUGCCAAGUCCUGAUAAACUGCAGAAAUAAUCGCAAAAUUCUGGCUAGAGUGAAAGCUUUUGACAGACAUUGUAACAUGAUAUUAACAAAUGUGAGGGAAAUGUGGACUGUAAGAGGCAAAGGAACAGGAAAAAAGAAACUGGAAACCAAAGAUAGAUUUCUUUCCAGACUCUUCCUAAGAGGAGAUUCUGUAAUCGUUGUUUUAAAAAAUCCAAAAUAA